GGCUUGUACCAGCGCAAAUACAAUCUACGUCGGGCGACCGACACUUCUGAUUUUACGCAUAGUAAUUCGCCUUUACCAUACAAUUCCUUUCUCUAAUUACACUCUUGAUACUAUCAUUUUAUAUAUUUCUGCUGUUCGGUUCACCAAGCGACCGGCCUCUAUCUAUGCUUGCUUAAUCUGUCUGUGGACUUGGGACAGCGGAGGGCUUCCCUUCUCCUCCUCGUUCUUAUGAGAAUGAUUUGCUCAACCACAAAAAAGUCGAAAAUAAAAAUAGAUCGAGUUGAAUGAACCAACUUUUUGAUUCAACACCACAUUCGUUUGUCUAUCUGUUUAUUUGUUAUGAAAUAUUUGCCCUGAAGGGUGUCCACCUACGACCAGCGAAGAGAUACCCCUAGUGGAUCAAUGCUACACAUGGAAGAAUGCUUUUAAACCUGGAGAAUAAUGAAAUUGGGGGGAGCGUGGGUGACGGUAUUCAAUAAAGGCUAUAUUCAAUCAUUAUAUGCCACCAUUUGCUCUUAUCAUAUGUCCUUGAAAUUUGGUAUUACCUUGGUAAUGAGAAUCAGGCAGAUAUACAAUGAGAUUGGUGAAAUUAUAUUUCCUGGAAAUAGUGAAACACUUCUCGUACGUACUUAUUGAGGCAAAGGAAAGCC